ACACAAAUCACAAUCCCAAAGAACACUCAAACACAGCAUACAUUUCAAGGCCCAGCAAGCAGUAAAUAAUAAAUAAAUAUAAUUAUUAUCGAAAUGGCGACCAACCAGGUUUACCGUCACUAUUCAAUCAUCUGCCGCGCUGUGGCGACGGCAUUGAUCAUAAUGAUGUCGCUGUUAGUACAGUUGAGUAGCGCGGAUGCCAAUCAUGCUGACGUGGCAUCGGCGGUUCUGGCGUACAAAGCGCCGAUAGCGGCGCCGGCGGGCAAGAGCGCCAACUGCGGGAUCCAGGGAAAACUCAAAAAGUGCAGCCUUCCUGGGUACGAUUGCUGCAGCCAGUGGGGGUUUUGUGGGGUCGGUAAGAAGUAUUGUGGUUACAAAUGUCAAAAAUAUUACGGGGAUUGUUACGCCCCGCGUCCGGUCAUCCCCCAUUAAUUUCUACCGGCCGGCCGGCCGGCGGACAUGAGUCUAAGACUUGGCAUUUACAGGUGUAGCGAGAUUCCGAUUUUUGUUUUGUUUUCAUUGCUCCAGUUCACAAUUACAUCACAUUUUGAUAUAUUUUAUUUCUUUCUACCUUGACUAUUGCAUGCCAGAUUGCCAGAUUACUCUUAACUCCUUUUAUUACAUCGCAACAUGUAUCCAUUAAUCAGCGGCGGAUCCAGGAUAGAGUAGAGCACUGGGCCACAUUUGAAAAAGACACGGAAAGAACAGAGUCGUAACCAGAUGAGCAUUGAAACGAAUAUCUAAAAUCGAAAAUUUACAAAUACUAUACCAUAUUUGAAUAAAGAGGAGAGGGCUAGUCCGUGGUCCGGGAUGCCCUAGAUCCGCCGCUACCAUUAAUAUGAGAAAGGCUAAAACGAUCAUGGCAUUAGCCCCGCAACAAAUUACACAUACUGAAUGGGGUGGGCGAGGUCAAAAUCUUGGUCCUGAUCACUGUCUGAUUUAAAACCAAAAUAACCGAGCCCAACCUAGAAUAUGAAACCAGCCUAGUAGCCACUCCACAACCCAUCUCUAGAAGCCCAAACCCAUUAUUAUCCACUCAGCCACUAGUCCAAACUCAUUCAACAUCCAAAAUCCAACGCACAAUUUGACAACCGAGUCAGCUCUCCUUAAUUCGUUAAUAAUACUCAAUAUCCAAAAGUAUCCGGUAUAUGAAGUAUAACUUUUGGUUAUGCAUAAAAUUAGCUUUUAUCCGGCUUGUUGGCAGGAUGAAUUUUAUUUUAUUUUAUUUUAUGUUGAUCAAUGUUUCCAUAGUUUUUAAUAAUUUGGGCUAUUCUAUUAUAAUUAUUUACUAUUUCAAAGUAAUAUUUAUGAUAUUUUUUAUUAUGAAAUUAGCGGUAAUUAGUUAGUAUGUAUUUGUGUUGAUCAAGUAGUUCUAAUUUACUGUUAUUUAUAUGCUUUUUUCAUGUUUUAGAAAGAACUUUUGCACUUCUUAUUCUAGGAUAUGUAUUCGAAGUUGGAAUAAAAUAUAUUUCGUUUAAAAUUAGUAUGAAUUGAAAGAGUAAAACCAUAUGAAAGAGUAGAACCAAGUAAGAUUACUGCGCUAAUUAUUGUUACCCGACCCUUUGGGCAUAUGAGUUUGGUUUUGUGUUGGCUAAUUAUAUUAUUUUGUUCAUUAUCUUCUCAAUAUUUUAUAUUCUUAAUUGUUAGCCAACUAAGUCGGUUCAAUAUUUUUUAUAUGUUCUUGAUUCUUGAAUACCCGUACCCGUUGUUGAAAAGAAAUCACAAAAUGUUCAACUUCAAAUGGUUAACUUGAGUUAGUAAAAUAUUACUUUUAUAAAAUAAAAAUUGAGGCUUAAAACGAGAGAUCAGUCGUCCGUUAAAGAUUAAAAGGGAAAAAAUAAAAGAUUUUUCAGGAUAGAGAAGCUACUGAUGUCAUGCUGAUGUGGACAGGUUACUCAUGGUUACUGAUCAUAGAGUUACUGACCUGAUCUGCUCCCUUGUAGCUGGCUCGAUAAGUAGUAAAUAAAUAGGUAUGUCGUAA